UUAUAACAAGUCAGGAACCGUCAGCCCUCCUCCCAUCCUCUCUCAUUCAUCAACUCAAAUCCCAAUUCCAAAGUCUUUCACAUUAAAAAAAAUAAUAAAAGAAGAAGAAAUUUCAAUCUCGACUGCUUUCCAGAUUUCUAGCAAGGGAAGACGUUUUCUCCAAUCCAGCUUGUGAAGAACAAACACAAAUUCUCGCCAUCUUCAGAGCAGAUAGAACGUCCGUAGGCGCUUCUUCUCCUCACCUACUGCUGCUUCUUCUUUAGUGGCAGCGUGGAAUGAAAAUUGGCACACUGUCGCCCACACACAGAUAUGCAGCGGGAGCACUUUUCGCUCUCGCCCUUCGCCAAGCCCAAAUCCACCAGUUCCGACCGUUCGGUUCCUCAUCUCUCCUAUCUCACGGAGACAGCGGCAAUGAAGCCUUCAGCAAAGAGGAUUCCGUACCUGAAGAAUCCCAGCUAUGGACUCAUCCAAGCCACUGCCUUCUUCGUCCUGUUUUCCGGUUCCUAGAGAUAGAUCCUAAAGCAUGGUCCGGACUCGAGGAAACUGCAAUAUCAUCACCGGCUAAGCAUCACAUUGGAGCUUUUUUGAGUAUACUCUCGGAAGACAACAAUGGCACCACUUCAGAAAGAGAUGAACAGGAGCUUGCGGUGAUGAAAGCCGUCGAUUCUAUGACAAUGAGCUUGCAAGAUAGUGCUGUUUCACCUGCGACAGUGAGGGAGAAACACUAUGAGUAUGAACGUGAAUGCCGCGAGAAAACAUCUACCAGCAAGAUGCAGUUUCCUGAAGUGGCAGAUGCCCCGCCUGAAACGUUGAACCCGACAAAUUCUAAGACGAUGUCUGACACAAAUGAGGCACUGAAUGAGCCUGUCAGAAGUUCUGAUGAUGAAUCCAUGGUAGAGGGAAUAUUGGUCAAAUAUCAGCGGAAAGUGAUGAUUUUGUUUGAGCUUCUUUCUGCCUGUGUAGCGGACACACCUGCAGAUGAGAAGAAACAUUCUAAAGUGAGAAAGGGCUAUGAUGCUCGACAUCGUGUCGCUCUACGGUUGUUGGCAACAUGGUUUGAUGUCAAGUGGAUACAAAUGGAAGCUAUGGAGGUAAUGGUUGCUUGCUCUGCAAUGGCUGCACUAAAGGAGGCAGAGGCACAUGCAGAACAAAACGAAUCACCAAAAAGCAAAUGGUCCAAAUGGAAACGUGGUGGUAUCAUUGGUGCUGCUGCAUUGACCGGAGGAACUUUGAUGGCCAUUACUGGCGGGCUAGCUGCUCCAGCAAUUGCUGCAGGAUUUAGUGCUUUAGCACCUACCUUAGGAACCCUUAUUCCUGUGAUUGGAGCAAGUGGGUUUGCUGCAGCAGCAACUGCUGCUGGAUCUGUUGCUGGUUCUGUGGCUGUUGCUGCAUCCUUUGGAGCUGCUGGAGCGGGACUUACAGGAACUAAAGUGGCUAGGAGAAUUGGUGAUGUUGAUGAAUUUGAAUUCAUUCCUGUUGGAGAAAAUCAUAACCAAGGCCGCCUAGCCGUUGGCAUCGUGGUCUCUGGAUUGGUGUUCGAGGUAGAAGAUUUUUUUAGGCCUUGGGAAGAACAAAACAAUAACCUAGAGAGGUAUGCGCUGCAGUGGGAGUCUAAGAAUUUGAUUGCAGUGAGCACCGCAAUCCAGGACUGGAUUUCUUCAAGACUUACUAUGGAGUUGAUGAAGCAAGGUGCCAUGGUGACUGUAUUAAGCUCGCUUUUGACUGCGUUGGCCUGGCCAGCUACAUUACUUGCGGCCACUGAUUUUAUAGACAGCAAAUGGACAAUUGCAGUAGACAGAUCAGACAAAGCAGGAAGGCUCCUUGCUGAAGUUCUAUUGAAUGGAUUGCAGGGGAGCAGGCCCGUGACCCUUUUGGGUUUCUCACUGGGAGCGCGAGUAAUAUUCAAGUGUCUGCAGCAUUUGGCUGAAAGUGGAGAUAAUGAGGGGCUCAUAGAAAGGGUCGUUCUCCUUGGAGCACCAAUUUCAUUCAAAGAUGAAAACUGGGAAACUGCUAGAAAGAUGGUGGCGGGAAGGUUUGUGAAUGUCUAUUCUACAAAUGAUUGGACACUUGGACUUGCCUUCCGUGCAAACCUACUUACCAAAGGGUUGGCUGGAAUUCAACCUGUUGAUGUUCCUGGGAUUGAGAAUGUAGAUGUAACAAACCUCAUUGAAGGCCACUCAUCUUAUCUUUGGGUGACAGAACAAAUCCUGCAACAACUUGAAUUAGAUACCUACUACCCAGUUUUCUUGGGCUUUCCAAACAAAUCCUAAUAAGGAAUUGGCAAUUUUCUCUUAAUUCAGUCAGUGCAUGGUCCUGCACCUCUGGAACUCGAUGCUGGUGCUCCUUGUCGAUUGAAGCAUCUGGAUGGUUAAGGUACAGUUCAACUUGUGGGCUACGUCAGGUAUUAGAUUUGGCACUGCAGAUCUUUGCUUUGCUAUUCGUUGCAUUCUCAUCGGCCUGUAUUUGAAAACAAAGAGACUAUUGCUGUAGAAUAUAAGAAUAGUUUUAUGCAUGUGCAACCAUCACAUUUUUGGGCUACUUUCUUCUGAUGAAUCAGGCCAUUCUGACAGCUUGUUUUAUUGAGCAACUAAGAAGGUGGAUUUUUAGGUUCC